GUAAAAAAAAGCCGUCACUUGGAAUAGUACCACCACAGAGCAGCCGCUAUGGCUCUUCAAGGAGGGGCAAAAUGGAUUAAGUACCUUCUAAUUUUGUUCAGCUUCUUCUUUUGGCUGUGUGGUGCAGGUCUGAUUUCGCUGGGUGUCCUGGUUCGAAUGGCCAUGAAAGACACUCUUUCAGUCCAUAGCACGUCUAUCUUGGCAGCACCAAUCAUCCUCAUUGUAGCUGGAGUCAUAAUAUUCUUUACGGCCUAUUUUGGCUGUUGUGGAUCCUGGAAGGAGCACCGCUGCUUGAUUACCACGUUUGCGGUUCUCCUCAGCUUCAUCAUCCUUAGUGAGAUUGGAGCUGCUGUUGCUGGCUAUGUAUUGAGGGGCAAAGUGAAUGAAACUGUUGAAGAUGGACUUAAAAAUAUGAUAUCUCAAUACAACAGGAGUACCGAUGCUUUCCGAAAAGCAGUGGAUAAAAUGCAGCAGCAUCUGAAGUGUUGUGGGGCGAAUUCUUCCACUGACUGGGCCAACCACACAUUAGAUCAUCAGUCAGUUCCAGAUUCCUGCUGCAAGAACCUGACUUCCCACUGUGGCUCUCAUGCCCUGUACGAUGGCAGCAAGGUCUACCAGAUGGGGUGCAUUUCUGCUUUAGAAGGCCUGCUGAAGAGGAAUAUGCUGGUGGUGGUCUGUGUAUUUCUGCUGACUGCUCUUGUACAGGUGCUGGGUGUUGUGUACGCCUGUGUGCUGAUAUGCAGCAUUCGCAAAGGAUAUGAAAGCCUGUGACCAAACUGCCACGCUUAUUGACGAGAGAAAUCACCAAGGGAAAUCACAGAGCAUUAUACAGAAUAUGUGAUAAUGAAUUAGUGGAUUCUGUUUUAGUUUUUACCCUGAAUUAUGCUCAAUUUUCAAACUGUUAAAUAGAAAAGCAGAUAUCUAGCAUCUGCACACAACAUAAGGGUUCACUAUCUGUGAUCAAAAAACAUGAAAAUAAUUUUUGCAAUAUAUGCACUGUAAAAAAAAAAGGCAAUGGAAAUUCAGCAAGUGAAAAUUUCACACCCAUAGAGUAUGCUUCCUACCUAACAUGCACAAUACCAAUUGAAAUACAAAAAUGCUGAAGGGUUGUACAAAAUACAAUUAAUUCUAGUAUUUUAUGUUUUCAACUAUUCAUCAGGUACUGUAUAGAAAACAAAAAAUGGGCUAAGUUAUAAAACAAAGAGUGGGUAGCAUAGUGGUUAGAGCUACUACCUUUGGAGCCAAAGGUUAUAGGUUUGA